CGCGGCAUCGCGUCGGCGCUUCGCGAAUGUCGCGCGCGACCGACGCGGCGACCGGCGCCGCGUUCGUCGCGAUCGACGACGACGACGGGACUCCGACGGUGGUGUUCGCGACGCUCGCGGGCGACGACGGCGCGCUCGCCGCGGAGCUGCGCGCGAUGUGCGCGAACGUCGUCGACGGGAGAUUCGCGUUUCCCGAGCGUCGCGCCGCGGCGCGCGCGCGGACGACGGACGGCGCGACGACGACGACGCGAUUCACGUUUUGCCUGACGCGCGCGGACGGCGCGCGGACGAUCGGGGCGGUGCGACGCGUCGGCGCGAGGCGGGCGGCGGCGGCGCUGACGCGGACGGCGCGGUUCGAGUACCACGACGACGUCCUGCGACACGCGAUGACGCGCGCGAUGGAGGCGCUGGACGCGACGGCGCGCGGGACGACGCGGGAACUCGCGCGGGGGGACGCGCUGUGGGAGUACCUGGAUCGAACGAUCGGGACGCGGGCGCCGACGGCGGGGACGACGGCGGACGUCGGGCUGCCGUGGACCGAGUUCGCGGGCGUCGCGACGCAGAGCGUGCGGCUGCGAGCGCCGGAUCUGAGGAAGGAGUUUAACGGGGGGAUAAAAUUUACGGCGCUGUUGGACUGCGGGCACGUGGAGGCGGUGCUGGCGCUGUUCGCGGCGUUGGUGACGGAGCGACGGGUGGUGCUGACGAGCGGGCGGUUGGAGGCGGUGAGCGCGGCGGUGCACGCGGCGAACGCGGCGCUGUAUCCGCUGAGUUGGCAGCACAUAUUUUUACCCGUCGUUCCGGAGGCGUUUUUGGAUUAUUUGACGGCGCCGAUGCCGUUUUUGGUCGGUUUGCAUUCGAGUCUGUCGGAGGACGCGAAGCGACUUCCGUGCGACGACGUCUUUACGUUGAAUCUCGACGACGGAUCGUUCACGUACUUUGAGGAAGAUUUCGAGGCGAUUCCGUCCGGUCCGUUCACGCUCCUUCGCGUCGGGUUGCUCAGGGAGAUCGAGCGCACGCGAGGUGAAGACUCGCAAGCGGUGGCGCGCGUGUUUCGAACGUUUUUCUCGAGCGUGCUCGGGCCGUACAAGCAGCACAUCAAGGGCGUCGUCGCGCAUCCGCCGCCUCGAGACGCCAUCAUCGCCGAUAGUUUAUGGCUCGACCAACGAGGACUCGAGCUCGGAAACUUGAAGCACGCCGGCAUUCUCGCCGCGAUGCGAGGGACGCAAAUGUACGAAGUCUUCGUGCGACAGCGAUUGCGCAUGUGCGCCCAGGUGGCGAGGAAAACCGGCUUCGUGCCCAUGGGGGACGAAAUCGUCGAUUUCGAUCUCGAAGAGGGCGAGUUGACGCUUUCUGAUUUAAUGAUGCGAGGUCAAGCGUUGUCCGAGCAGUUCGCCUCCGCUUCGUCGCACGCGUUCUCCGUGGGAAGCUCCGCGCUUCGCGAGACGAUGCGAAAGGCGAAGAAGGCGUACUCGACGUCAAAGACGAUUCAGGGCAUGCGCGAGGCGUUCGCAUCGAAACGUUCGCAGCUCGCACACUCAAUAGGAAAACUCAGAGAAAAGAGUUCGGAGGAUUUGCAGGCGAAAUGGGCGGAGUGGACGGACGAGGGAACGGCGAAGAAUUUGAGUUUCGCCGAGGCGUCGACCGCAGAGGCGCCGGUUCCCGCGCCGCCGCAGACGCAAUCACCGGUGGUCGAGCGCGAAGCCGUCGAAGUGAACGAACCAGUGGCGAUGAGCGAGCCCAUCGUCGACUCGCUCGCAUCGGCACCGACGCCGGCUCCGACGCUCGCGUCGGCACCGCCGCCACGCGUCGAAUCAGUCUCGGGCGCGGCAAACAUGAUGGCGAACUUGAUGUCUUUCGACGACGCCGGAGACACGCUCGCCCCCGUGACGCCGUCUAAGCGCACGGGCGCGACGAUGGCAGACGUUGACGAGCUCCCAAACUUAAUCGACAUGUAGAAACGUAGGAAUAGCGCG